AUGGAGGCACAUUCUCCUGUUGUAGCCAAGAGACUAUGGAAUGUGCUGAGGGUGACCUUCUUCAUGAUUAGGAAGGGGCUCAUAUCAAAGAGGAAAAUGAUUAUGGACAUGAAUUUGAUGAUGAAGAAAGGGAAGCUGGUGAUAAAAUCUCUGAGCAAUUUCAUGUAUUCCCAUCAUCAUCACCACCACAAAAAUGCAGAGAGUGUGGCACAUGGUGGCUUUGGGGUACACUAUGAAUUUUCUUGUAGCAAUAGUCCAAAUCCUGUUUUUCUCCACAUGCCAAAGCGGAAGCAUCAUUUCAGCUUCCCCUGCAUCAAUUCCCCUGAGGUUGUGGAAGAGGAGGAGCCUCAAUUGUCAUUUGAAGUAGAAAACGAUGUGCCUAAGGCUGUGGUUAUGGUACCCAAGACCCCAGAAUACAUGUUCAACUUUAGGUUUGAUGCAAAUGAGUUUGCUUGUGGGGAGAAAAAGAGUCCACUUCUCUCACCAUUCUCUGUGAGGGUGUCCAAUUACUCAGCUUUGGAUGAGAAUGAAGAGGUUGGAAAUGGGCAUGUUGAUGAUCAGGCUGAGGAUUUCAUUAGAAGGUUCUAUGAACAGCUAAGGACUCAGAGUCCCAUGCAAUUCCUACGUUACCCAGAGAUGUAA